CGUACUAAUAGCAAAGCACUGCACAUCAUACAUUCAGGGUAAUUCAAAAUACAAGAUAUCACAUUUACACAUGCUUCUGUGUAACUUGAAAGAAAAACAUUAAGCAUUGAACACCCACUAAGAAAUGGGGAGGCAAGGAUAUCACUUUCCACUAAAUAAAAAGUGAAGACGUUCGACCUUGAACAAAUAUGCAAUUUAGAGCACCCUCCUAAGUUUAGAGCACCCUUCAUGCUGCCUCGACGACACUAGUCGGACGUGCAGCCAGGGGCGAAGCAGUGACGCUGCGUCGCGUUUUUUGCGUUGGAAUUCAUCUGUUCGGCGAAGUCCGGCACUCGCAUUAACAUGUCAGCAGUGAAACACAUAUUGCCAUAAACGAGAGAACACUUUGGCAGCCGCGAAGAAACAGGAGCGCUGUCGCGCCGGCGAGACACCGCGGGAAGCUGGACACGCGCGCAACCGCCUGACUGCAUCGCCAAGCUGACCGCAGCGCCACCGCGGCCUUUGCGGCAGUGCAUGAACGAGAGGAUCGCGUUUUCUCGGCGGAUAGGCCGGCGCUGGCGCCACCUCCCCCUUCUAGCCACCAUAGUAGGACGGUAGGACAACGACUGCAGCGCCAGAGUUCUCUCUAGUAAUUUUUGUAGGAAACUCUAUGGACGGCGCGCUUUGUUCCUCCCGUUAGUGGGCAGGCAUGAAAAAAUAUAGGAGGCUAUGACUGUACAUAAAAGUGUACUAUAAUACUGCUGCAUCCUUCGUAUCUCUCGUGGCAUCUCUUUGGACAUGAUAUGGAUGAGCAUAUCAUCCAAGCCGAAGUCCAUAUCCAUCAAGCCGAAGUCAAUCAUAGGGCGGGAACUCGAAACCAAUAGGUGUUCUGUGCUCGAAACUGCGUGACUGCAUGCCUUGCGUUCGCGCCUGGCUGCACUUAGGAUGGCUUUCGCCGAAAUUUAAUUAGCUUCGACGAGUUAUUAUGACACGGGAUAAACACACGACGAUCGUGUCAAGAGGCAACAAAAACAGGACAGCACCACCGUAGAGCUUUCACGCCAUGAAGUACACCAUUCCGGGGCCAAACGUGAAGUUGUUCGGCCGCGCCGUGCAGACGUUGACCAAGAUCGGCGACGAAGUGUAUGUGAUCGCCGACGACCGGACGCUGUCGUUGAAAGCGUUCAGCGCCUCCCGGAGCUCGUAUAUGUGCUUCAGCUUUGAACAGAGUUUCUUCAGCACCAGCGAGUUUAGGAGCGAGGGCUACCGGGGCAAAUUGAGUGCGCGCUCAAGCCUCCUGGCCUUCCGGUCCGUGCAGUCGCUCGACCGAACAGUAGAAGAAUGCGUAGUCGAGUUGACGGGUGAUCAGGCAUUGAUCGCUCUACGCUAUCGGCGCGGUCUUACCAAGCGCUUCUGGCUGCCUCUUGUUGAGUACGAGGAACUGCAGUUCUCGUUUCGUGCCGACUCGUAUGCGAGAAGCGUGUGCGGCCAAGCCAAGCUGCUGUCCGACGUGCUCGGCAACUUUCCCAUUAACGUGCCUGAAGUAACGCUGAGGCUAUCACCUGAUCGGCUCGACGUCUUCACGCAUUUGGAGGGAGCCGACACGCAGCGUUCUGUUCGCACUAGCGUCAGCGUCCAAGCUGCUGAACUAGACGACCUGCAGUGUAGCGGUGACGUUACCGAACUCACGGUAUGCCUACGUGGUCUGCGUGCGGCGCUAGGAUAUUAUGAAGGCCUAACGGUACGGCUGCAACUUGACGAGCCGGGCAUGCCUUUGGUGGGACGUCUCGACGGUGUGCCGGGUCUCGAAGCGAUUUACGUAGCUGCUACCUUGGCCGGCGGCGGCCGGCCUUUGGCAAGUAGCGCGGCACCGCCGUUGCACAAGCAUAGGCCACCGCGACAAGGCACGGAAACCAGCAGCAAACGCCACCGGGCGUACCUGCUGGGAUUGACGCGGCCGCCGCUGGACGAGUUCACGUCGCAGUUGCCGCGCGACGAGCAGGUUUUGGCUGAAGAAAGUGACGAGGAAGAAGAAGGCUAAAGCCUGCUCCAUCUGCGAGUGGCAGCAGGGUGUGUUCACUCUGGUGCUGUUCUUGAUUUGAAUGUAACGAAAACUUUCUGCUUCCAGUGCACCACGAAUUGAUGGGAGCAAAAGGUUUGUUCCAUGUCUCUGAGUAGGGAACGGCCCCGUUGUGUUGUGUGCCUGCAGUGUGGAGCAAUAUAAAUGCACUUUCUAUUAACGUAAGAAGUUUGUACGACAUAAUGUAAGCACUUGAAGGAGUAAGAUACUGGCUGUGUUAUAAGUUCUGUGUUUAGAAGUAUAUUUUGCAAAAGCAAUGUUGCUAAUUUCGCCGUAGUGCUGCUUAUAACACAAGCAGCAAUGAUGGGAAUGCUGCAGUGACUUCCAGCAAGCAGCACAGCCAGAAUUGGACAGAGGCGGAGAUGCUGGGAUACAUAAAUCUUUGUCUGACCCGUACUGACAUCAGCCAAACAUAGCUCUUAUGAUUAGAUUCAUUAAAUAAUCUCCAAGAGCUUUACAUUCAAAGAUGUGGUUACAUUUGCCCCAGUUAAUAUUUUCACAAAAAGCCUCCCUCGCAAACCUUUGGAUGCAACUCAGUACAUCACAACACAUGGCAUCAUAACACAAACAUCAUCAUCAUAACACAAACAAGGCUCCCGUAGUGGGGUCAAAACGUCUUUCUUCCUUUUUCAACGAUUGGUCGGCACUUUGUUUUCCCACCAAGAAUUUUCCCAACCAGACGGGUUUCCGUCGAACCCUGGAUUUCAUAACACAUUUUGAGGACAGAUGUCUCAAGCAGUUCGUUUCAUAUUUAGCGUGCAAAGCUGGGAAAGCUACACAAUAAGUUCAGUCAUUAAAAUGUAUCACUGUUAGAGUUCCUUGGUCAACGAGUUUAGGCAUGGAGCUCUGAAUCGAAAGGGUAUGGGUUUGACACUUUGCUUGGAGUUUCUUCAUUUCUUAUUGAUAAUUCAAAAUUUGCUUCACAUGAACUUUGUGUGGCAUCUUCCGAGUGUCAUAUCAGAUUUAUUAGAUUACAUGUGAUGCCGUGAAACAGGUACAGCUCUCAGCCAGUAUAUGCUUCACUGCACACUAACAGCCUAUGCUUGCACUUAUGAAAAGAAAGUAUAGCAAAGUGAUCUGAAGCAACCUAUGACUGGCAUAUAACACAAUCCGUUAAAUUUCAAGGGUUAAAACAUUUUUUUUUCAUUCAUUAUAAAGCCUAAUUAAACAACAGUUACAUAUAAUUGCUGGAAAAAAGCGCUGAAUUACUUUUUGGUGUGAAUGCAGCAAUGCAUAAUGUUUUGCUAGCAUCCACAGCAUUCCACGCAAUAUAUAAAAUGGAGUAUAAUCUUGAUUUCUGCUAAAUAAACAGAUUAAUGACUGCCCAGCUUUAACUCUGCAACUUCAACACAUACCCUAAGUUAAUUUAAAAUUUAAUAAUGAAGCUUAGUUAACUUGCUGAACAUUACAACUUGGAAUGCAAGUAAUACCUGUCUGUCCUAGUAUCUGUCUCACCUAGUAAUUGAUCUGAGGAGGUGAAAUUGCAUUGUUUGUCAGGGGCAAUAUUGUUUUUAUCUGGGGUGGGAUAAAGUUGGCAUGACAGGAAGCUGUGUUAUUACCAGAAGGCUUUUUGUUCAGUCAACUAGAACUAGUGGAAAGGAGCACUCUAAGUGUGCUCCUGUUGACCCACUGGAAUUCUCUGCUCAAUGAAAGGAAGCCUAUAUAAUUUCUUUUCCUUUUUUUCCUUUUUUUUUUUUUAGAGGAAGUGUUGCUAAAAUGUAAGGCAUGUCAGUCACAACAGUGCUGCAGAAAAUUUCCUGUGCAGCUGAUGACAGAAGCUCUAAGUCAGGGUCAACUCCAAUUAUAUUAUUCGAAUAUGUGUGAAAUUCAGAAAUUAAACUGUGGCAUUUAAUUUGUGAAAGCAACUUGCAUUGCAGGCUGUAAGAAAUUCCAUAGUGGGGGGCUCCAGAUUAUUUUAGAAUGAUUGGGGUUCUUUAUUGUCUGCCCAAAGAGUGGUUAGAUGAGCGCUUUUGCAUUUUCUGCCCCCAUUGGAAUGUGGCCUCUGUGGCUUGAAAUUGAAGCCACAACCUCUUGCUGCUCAGCAACAGAUCGUCGUCGUCCCCCAAGCCACUGUGGCAAGUUUUGAAUAAACAAAUAACCUAUUGAAGGAUUGUUCAUAGGCUUAAGUGAGAAAGGGGUAGCAAUCGGAAAGAGAAACACUAUAAGGAAAGAGCCACUAGGUAAGCAGGAAGGGUUAAGUGGAAGAACCUGGCAAAGCAGUGCCAGAUAAUUAUGAGGAUUCCACUUUUUUUCGCAAUAUAGUGAGGACCAUACAUUUCUAAGCCUCUAUUUGUAGUACAACCCUCUCAUUCAGUGAUGGUGCUGCUGCAUACAUACUUCUGGCAUCUGCUGUUCUGGUACAUGAAGAUUAAUUACAUGGCCUUGUUAGGAGGGUCAAUUGGUCACAGGCUCGGCUAGGGUAUUGUUUGUGUCAUGCCCACCAUCAUCUUUCACUUUUGUCGGUGAGCAGUUAUGUCUGGUGCAGGGGCGCAGCCGGGGAGGAGGGGGCUUAUGGGACUUCAGCCCCCCCCCCCCCCUCAAAUUUUUUCAUGCUGUCUUGCACCGCCGACCAAAACAACCCCAAGUGCUAGAAAUCAUUCUGGAUUUUGUCUAGAAUGUUUUUUUCACGCUCGAAAAAAAGGACAUUUCAGCUCAAAUAUUGCAAACUCGGGCUACAUUUCGUGGCAACGCCCAUGCGCCUGGAGUCACAUAACGCAAGGAGCCCCAUCAAAGCACAAAGUUUCAAGGGCGUUUUGAUGGCGAGCGGGCUCGUCGCAACAUCUCGCGGAGGGCGCGGAAUCUACAGAGUGCGUAUAUUUAAAUUCUGAAACUUAAUGGGUAUAAAGUUUUGAUGUAAAAGGUGCAUUGACAUCUCCAAAGUCGUGCUUUAUAUUUUAGUUUCCGGAACUUUGGAGGGUUUAAUGUUGUUAUAAACAUUUCACGCGAAAGGUGCAUUGAGUUUUUCUAAAGUUGUGCAUAGGACCAUACAACGAGACAAGCCAAAUCAACACGCUAUCAGACAAGUUGACAAAGUACGCAGCGAGGUCUGAUUAGACGAAGUGUGGUGGUGGUUCAUUUGUGCCGUCAUGUCACAGAAAAGAAUACCCACAUAUUUUUCACGUGCGACAAACCAUUCAUGUCAAGACAUUAAAGCCAGCAAAGGUAACUACAUUCUUCUUUUCUUUUUUUUGUAGUUUGACUUUUAUUCGAGAGGACAGAUUGAGCUUCCUAAUUUUCUGGUUCUCAAUACCAGCGGGCUGCCAGAGCCAGCCAGAGCGCAUACAUUCUUCUCGUGUUGCCCCGACUACAGCGUGGCCACUUUGGUGCGCGUUUGUUUUUGUCUGGCCGAGUUUUCGACGUUUUCCGGCUAGCAGACAAGAAAAAGAAACAAUGGUCACUCACUGCCAUCACUGUGGGAACUCGACAGAUUGCAGCAUGCUCGAUGGAGCGCAAUGCAGCGCAACCUCUCCGGAAAGUUUCGUCUCGCCAGUGUAGGAUACCGAGCAGUAUGGGUAUGGUCCUCUGUGGACCAAGCGUCUCACGUUUUCUUUGGUAUUCCUUCAGUAAUCACAUUAGGCGCCCAAAGUAGGCAUUCGAUUGCGACCAACAUGCUUUCCUUCAGGUUUUUUCAUUGCGGUGCCACCGCCACACAAAAGUAAAAAAAAAAAAGACAUUGUUGCGCGCAGCGAAUUGUCGCUUGGUGCAAGUUCGAUUUUGUUACUUCUUUUGCGCAAAGCGAUGAGCCGUGGGACGCUUCAGUUGCCGGAUACUCUUAACAUAUUAUUGCGAUAGCAAUUAAUGGACACUUAGGCGAAGUUCCUGCCAUCACCCUCAUAUAUAUAUAGAAUAGAAUUUAUUGACAGGAAAGACAGAGCGGUCGACCUGAGCUAGUGCGCUCUAGACUGCUACUCUGCACUGGGGAAGAGGGAAGCGGAGUGAAAGUACUGGGAUGGAUGAUGAUAAGAGAAGUGGCGAGUGCUUAUGUAUACGAGAUGUUGCCUUGCUACAGCCGCUCGUCGAGCUUGGUGUCCUGCAGAAUCUUCAACAACACUUUAGUUGCACGCAUUGAAGUUGCAUUGUCGGGCCAUGGGCCGAGGAUAGCUUCCUCCGACAGAGGUUGCCUGCCAACGCUGGCUAGGAAACUUUCCAACGUCCUUCGCUCCAGCAUAUAUGCUGGGCAAUCGCAUAGUAUGUGUUCCAGUGUUUCAGGCAUCUGGCAGUGUUCACAAUCAGGGCUGUUCGACUGGCCGACGAGGUGCACGUAGCGACAGGUGAAAGCAACGCUCAGCCGAAUCCUGUGUAACAGUGACGUCUUGCUCUGCGUAACGUUCGAGGGCAAACAGAAUUUACCCUCUGGGUCGAUCAUAUGUGGGCAUCUGUGGAUGUUGUCAUCGUGGGCUCUGUAUGCCUUUGUAAGGUCCUGCAUGAGUGCCUUGAUCAUAGAGUAGGUGUCAGGUCGCGAGUAGGCAAGCCGUGCUGCAUCAGAGGAAGAGAAGGCCGAUCUUGCCUCAUUGUCACCCUCAUGUUCCGUAUGAAGUCCAAAGGCAAUAACGCCGCAUGCUGUAUGUGCGAGUGAAAGUGUAGUGGGGGGGGCAUGGGUGAGCCGACGAUGGUGGCCUUGUGGUUGAUGGUGGCCGAUGGUCUUGUGUGCGCAAGGGAGAAAAGCGGAGAGGAUGCGCGCUGCCUUCCAUCACGCGCGAUACGUCGGGGAUAGUAGAGCGAGCGGGGGGCCUUAGGAUUCUGUGAUCUGUGAAUGUGUGAUUGGGAAACAUGUUUAUUUCCCUUGUUUGGUGCAUUAUACACAGUGACUUUUUCUUACAUACAUAGAUUUGUUGGAUACCUUUAUGCAUAUUGAAAUAUCUUGUUGCUAAGUUUUGUGUAUAAGUACAGUGAGCUUUGUUUCCAGUGACUACAAAGACGGCGCCGAAUAAAGCAACACACGAAGAAAGGAGACACGAGACAAGCACGUAGGCGCUUGUCUCGUGUUUUAUUCGGCGCCGUCUUUGUAAUCAUGCUUAACCAACUAGCCCACCAGCACACGCUCAGUGAUUCCAGUGACACUUUUUUGCCCUUUAUCAAGCUGUAUCUUCGCAUUUGUAUUUUCCAUUGUAUCUUCACAUUUCUAAUGUAUGAGGGCGAGUCAAAUGAAAGUCAGCCUAUCCUUCCCACGCAAUAAUGGUUCUGUUCAUUAUCUGUGAGGCAUGCGUGUAGCACACAGAGAUCUCUCAUUUACAAAAGUGACACGCAGGUGUGAGGAUAAAUGUUCUUUAAUGCUCCCAUACACUGCGUUAAACAUGGUUGUGUGACAUAAUGGGCGCUCCAAACGGUGAACAGCGUGAUGUCGUGAAGUUUUUGACAGCUGAAGGUGUUUCCCAAAAAGAAAUUACUUCCCAUAUGGCUGCAGUGUGCGUUGAACAUCAAUUUCUGAUAGGUAUUUCGUUGAACAUCGGCCAUUACGGAUAGAAUUUGCUAAACCUGGAGAAUCUAUCAAUCGUUUCGGAUAUUGUGAAAUGCUGGAUCGGCUGCAUGUUGCAGUCAAGAACAAACAACGUAGAAAUUUGGCAAAUGGGGUCAUAUUGCUCCACGACAAUGCCUGUCUGUAUGUCACUGAUGUGGUUAAUAGAAAACGAGCAAAGUUGAAGUAGAAAAUGCUGCGACAUCCGCCAUACAGCCCAGACCUGUCGCCUUGCAACUUCCACAUUUUGGGGCAAUUGAAAAAAAAAGAACUGCUCAAGGAAACCAGGUUCGUUUCAGACGAAGACGUGAAAGGGUCAGUUACAGACUUUUACAAGCAGCAACCCAAGGAGUUCUCAAAGAUGUGAAUCACACGACUCGUUGGUCAGUGGGACAAAUGUCUACAUGGUCAUGGAGAUUUCUUUUAAAUAAAGUACACCGUUUGUCAUAUAUUUGCAUCGGCUCACUUUCAUUUGACUCGCCCUCGAACAUGUUGCAGAACUCCUGCUUUUUAUAUGUGCUCUCUGUUCCGAUUAUAAUUUCAGUGCAAUUACUCACAAGACCCACCCUUCUGCUGGACAGGCAAAGCAGAAGGGUGGCUCUAAAAGUUAAUCUUCAGAAAACUAAAGUAAUGUUUAACAGUCUCAGAAGAGAACAACAGUUUACGAUAGGUAGCGAGGCACUGGAAGUGGUAAGGGAAUACAUCUACUUAGAGAAGAUGGUGACCACGGAUCCGGAUCAUGAGACUGAAAUAAUCAGAAAAAUAAGAAUGGGCUGGGGUGCAUUUGGCAGGCAUUCUCAGAUCAUGAACAGCAGGUUGCCAUUAUCCCUCAAAAGAAAAGUGUAUAACAGCUGUGUCUUACCAGUACUCAUCUACGGGGCAGAAACCUGGAGGCUUACGAAAAGGGUUCUACUUAAAUUGAGCACGACGCAACGAGCUAUGGAAAGAUGAAUGAUGGGUGUAACAUUAAGGGGAUAGGAAGAGAGCAGAUUGUGUGAGGGAACAAACGCGAGUUAAUGACAUCUUAGUUGAAAUCAAGAAAAAGAAAUGGGCAUGGGCAGGGCAUGUAAUGAGGAGGGAAGAUAACCGAUGGUCACUAAGGGUUACGGACUGGAUUCCAAGGGAAGGGAAGCGUAGCAGGGGGCGGCAGAAAGUUAGGUGGGCGAAUGAGAUUAAGAAAUUUGCUGGGACAACAUGGCCAUAAUUAGCACAUGACCGGGGUAGUUGGAGAUGUAUGGGAGAGGCCUUUGCCCUGCAGUGGGCAUAGUCAGGCUGACUCACAAUACACAACCGGUGACAGCCGCUCCUGCGCAAUACAUUGUAACAAAGAACAGCGUCAUUGAGAUUUUUCCCUGGCUGUUGCAUUUGUGCAGAAGUGUAAACAAGAAUCUUGAAUGAAAAAGUUUAAUUAAAAUAUUUGCCCUCAA